AUGACUGACAAUAAGAUUUGUAAAGAAAAAAUUAUAAAUAGAAUUGAGACUGAACAAGAUGCAAUUGUAGUGCAAUACUUCAAAGAAAUUGAUAAAGUAGAAAACGAUAAUUUAUAUUUACAUACAAAGUUGAAAGAAGCUUCUGACAAUUUGAAACGGGCAAGUAUAUGUUCUCAAAAUUCAAACUUACUCGCAGGUGCACCAUUGGACCCAGCGGACAUGAGUUAUUUGAGUACGCCGUAUAUCAGGAGUUGCGUGAAAAGUAGUCAAGGUUCUCUAUUUAAUGAUAAACUGUCUGUAUCUUCAAAUUCUAGUGCUUAUUCCUUAUACAGAUCUAACAGUGACGAUAGUCCAAAAUAUCAAAGGAGACCUUCAGUACUUCAUACAAAUUACACAGAAAACGAAUUCCAAGUUUCUACACCACAUAAAGAACAAGCUACUGUACCGCAAAUCCAGUUCAAUCAAGACAUAUUCAAGUAA